CAAUGUGUCUGUAUUAUUGCCACGUGAUUCAAUCAGCGUAAUAAUGUUCAUCGAACAGUUUUGUUGCGUUAAAGCUAAGAAAUGAUUCGAUGGUCACGCGUGGUGAGACCCUCUCGUUCUCCUAGUAAAUCUGUCGAAAGGAUUAUAGGACUUCCGCCAGUUGAAACUCAUCAUGGUUCAUCCUAUCGUCAAAUGCCUUGGGUACGCGAGUCAGCUGCAAGACCAUACACACCAGUGGAAGCAUGGCGUAGAGACCAUAAUCAGCAACCGGUGUUGCAGUUACAAAAGCCGAUUUCAAAGAUAGCACAUACAACCAUAGCCAACAUGAAUAACCAAAACAAUAACAGCGCAGUGCCUCCUUUACCACCGAGAUAUCGGUUAAGAGAUCUUAUAUUAGGUGACUUUGCUUACGGAGACGAUGGGCAGAGAGUUCGGGUGGAGUUUUACGUGAACGAAAACACCUUCAAAGAAAGACUUCAGCUGUAUUUUAUAAAAAAUCAGAGAUCGAGUUUGAGGAUAAGAAUAUUUAAUCUGAUAAUUAAAUUGCUGUUGUGUGUUCUAUAUGUCAUUCGAGUAAUAUUGGAUAGUGGACCACAAAACGCAGCAUGUUAUGGCUGCACACCUAAUAACAGAAGUGAGAUUGUUCAUACAGAACCCAAUGUUCAAACUUCUUCUAUAAAACCAGAACAUAUCAAUUGGGAUGGCAUUCUUUGGGUGGAUCGUCCACUACCUCUUUGGGGUAUUCAAGUUGCCCUCUCAUUUAUAUGUCUGUCCGAGGCCUUACUAUUAGCAUACUUGGGAUAUAAAGGUAACAUUUGGCAGCAGUUAUUAUCAUGGAAUUUCAUAUUGGAAUUAGUGAACAAUGUACCUUUUGUUGUCACAUUAUGCUAUCCUCCAUUAAGAAAUCUAUUCAUACCAGGAUUCCUGAAUUGUUGGUUAGCAAAAUUUGCUCUCGAGAACAUGUUUAAUGAUCUCCAUCGAGCUAUGCAAAGAUCGCAGUCAGCACUAUCCCAGAGAUUAAUGAUACUAACUGUUACCCUGAUGUGCCUAAUAUUUACAAGUGUAUGUGGUUUUCAACAUUCUCAAAGAGCGGGAAAAGAUCAUGUUGACCUGUUUGGGAGCCUCUAUUUUGUCGUAGUCACUUUUUCUACAGUCGGAUAUGGUGAUGUGAGACCCGAUAAUUGGCCAUCGCAGCUUUUUAUGGUUGUCAUGAUUGGAGUCGCUCUCAUCGUCCUUCCCACACAAUUCGAACAAUUGGCUUUCACUUGGAUGGAAAGGCAAAAAUUAGGUGGCAAUUAUAGCAUGCACAGGGCUCAGAAUGAAAAGCACGUUGUAGUUUGUAGUACAACUCUCAGGGCCGAUACUGUGAUGGAUUUCUUGAACGAAUUUUAUGCUCAUCCUUUACUUCAAGAUUUUUAUGUUGUAUUGCUAUCUCCUUGUGAACUAGACUCGACUAUGAAGAUGAUCCUUCAAGUACCAUUGUGGGCGCAAAGAGUUAUUUAUCUCCAAGGAUCUGCUUUAAAAGAUACAGAUUUAACAAGAGCGAGGAUGAAUGCUGCUGAAGCUUGUUUUAUACUGGCAGCAAGAAAUUAUGCAGAUCGAAGUGCAGCAGACGAGCAUACCAUUCUGAGAUCAUGGGCUGUACGCGAUUUUGCACCCAACGUACCACAGUAUGUGCAAAUAUUCCGUCCGGAGAAUAAAAUACACGUGGCAUUUGCAGAGCAUGUAGUUUGCGAAGAUGAAUUUAAAUAUGCCUUGUUAGCCAAUAAUUGCCUUUGUCCUGGGACCUCAACAUUCGUUACUUUAUUACUACACACAUCACGUGGCCAAGAAGGACAAACAUCCGGAGAAGAAUGGCAUAGACUGUAUGGUAAAUGUUCUGGAAAUGAAAUUUAUCACAUUAGUCUUGGAGAAAGUAGAUUUUUUGGCGAAUAUGAGGGAAAGAGCUUUACUUACGCGUCCUUCCAUUCACAUCGCAAAUACGGUGUCGCUUUAGUGGGUGUUCAGAGUGACGUUGCCGGAACGUGGCCAAUUAUGUUAAAUCCUGGACCAUCAUACAUUAUGAAGUCAUCCGAUAUAUGCUUUUAUAUGAACAUUACAAAAGAAGAAAACAGUGCAUUUUUGCCAGCAAGUAGUGACGAGGACGAUAAAAGCAACACGGAAACUGACGUAGAAGACAUAUUGGGAAUGGAAGAAAAGACGAAGAAAGAUGGCGGAGUAGAAAUGAUCGAUUCGGAGAAGAAAGUACCAUUUUCUCUGACGAGGAAACGAUUUGGAUUACGACUUCAGGUUCCUUCAGUUGAUGGAGCUCCUCUGUAUGUCUCGGCCGAAGAUGUAUUAAGGAAAUCCUCAAUUGCACCGGUUCCCACCAUUAUCGCUCCAGGUGAAACUCCUAAAACAGAAAUAGAUGGCAAUCAAGCAGCUCUUGAAGCCGAAGAAGAAAAAUACCUUGAUAUACCUUGGAGUACACCGGCCGAAGCUUGCGAAAUUGUUAAAGGUUUCCCACCCGUAGCAUCUUACAUUGGCGUUAGCCCUACAUUAUGUUAUUUAUUAAAAGAAAAAAAGCUAGAAUGUUGUUUGAAACUAGCGAAAGAUUGCGAGCAUUGUAUGUUUCGUAAUGCUAAAGGAUACAACUGGCCAAACAGGUGUAUAAUUUUAGCUGCAGAUUAUGCAAGUAACGGAAUUUACAAUUUCAUUAUUCCAUUAAGAGCUCAUUUCCACAGUCCUGUUUCUUUACGUCCAAUAGUAUUAUUAUUAGAAAAAAGUCCUCAUCCAGCAUUCAUAGACGCUAUUUCUUGGUUUCCUUUAGUCUACUGGAUGAAAGGAUCGAUUGACGAUUUGGACGAUUUAUUGAGGGCAGGCAUUAAUUUAGCAGACAGUGUCGUUGUGGUAAAUAAAGAGUCUUCAAAUUCAGCAGAAGAAGAUUAUCUCGCUGACUGCAAUACAAUUGUUGCAGUACAAACUAUGUUCAAACUUUUCCCGAGCGUGAGAAUAAUUACAGAGCUCAGCCAAUCUAGUAAUAUGAGGUUUAUGCAGUUUAGAGCUCACGACGCUUACGCACUACAUCUUUCUAAAAUGGAAAAGAGGGAACGAGAACGUGGUUCGCAUAUAUCUUACAUGUUUCGUUUGCCAUUCGCUGCCGGAAAUGUUUUCAGUGCAAGCAUGUUGGAUACUUUAUUAUACCAGGCUUUCGUAAAGGAUUAUAUGAUCACGUUUCUCAGACUACUUUUGGGUGUAGAUCAAGCUCCUGGAUCAGGAUUUUUAUCAUCGUUAAGAAUUACUAAAGACGAUCUGUGGAUACGGACUUAUGGUAGAUUGUAUCAAAAGUUAUGUUCUUCUACGUGUGAGAUCCCAAUUGGUUUAUAUCGCAUACAAUCUUCCAGCAGUACAGAAACAUCAUCGCAAAUAUCGUUAGAUUUAGAUCACGAUGACCAAACUGCUGUUAAAACAGAUAUAGAAAGACAAGAAAUCAGUAAUCUAGUCAAAAACAGAAUGCAGGACCUUUGCUUGCCAACAGAAGAUUAUGAUGAUGUAUCGGAGAAAAGAAACAGCCUUUCAUACGUUGUUAUUAAUCCCAGUUGUGAUUUAAAAUUGGAAGAAGGAGACGUCGUGUAA